AUGCUACAGAAAAAGUUUUGUGAAGAUGGUCCUUGCAGGGCGGCAGUUCGUUCCGUGAUUCUAGGUGCCAUGGCCGAUUACUUAGUGUCCGUACGCACGACGGUGUUGUCCGUGGUGUUCCUCGCUGCACGAACUCUCGCGGCUUGCUCCGAGGACAAUGGCUGUUUCCUGAGUCGCAGUGAAGCUGGAGAUCUGAAUCUCACUUCGGCCCCACUGAUCGGCACCCCGAAAGCUCUCCCUCUGGCCACCGAACUCAACCUACGAAAUCUGAGAUCAGGUCAAUUACCUGUUUCGGGUCUGGGCGACGGUGGGUCAUUCACGGAAGUCGUUCAAGAGGAAGAUCAGUCCCUUUCUCGCUUGCUGGUCGCCAUCGUGACGGGGGAGAUGAGACAGUGUGUUCUGGUGCUGGUCUUCGAUUCGUCCUUCGAGGGUUCGGGGUCUCUGAAGCAGCUCGUGGCGCUACCCAACCCGAAGCAGUUGGUGAAGGUCGCUGGGCCAGUGGACUUUGAGAAGGUGCUGUGGAGUUCCUUCUCGUGUAGGGGUUAUGUCUUUCUUCUUAGUGACGUCACUCCUCUCUUGACCUUUGCUGACUUCGGUGAUUAUGCGUGGGACUACGACGGAAGGUACCUGAUAAUUGGAUCUUCAAAGUCGGAAUUGCAGGCUCUCUCGUCGACCAAGAAGGGCAGGAAAACAGAGAGCUUAGCAGGCGUCGUGAAGUACCCUCAGCGGGGGGUAUGGGGUAUCUACUGCAACCAGAUCGUCUGGGCCGAAGGGGUACAACGACUCACGACUUGGCAGGGGAGCAAGUUCACUACAACGACCCCUUUGUACCCUGAUCUCCUUAACGACCUUCAUGGCACUUCGUUAACGGUGGUAACGUUUCCCUGGGAGCCAAGUGUUAUCUAUAAAGAAAGCAAGAAAGAUGGAACCCAAGUUCGAUACGGGAGAGACAUAGGGGUGGUCGAGACUUUGGCGAAGGUUAUGAAUUUCACCCUUACGUACACCGAGCCUCCUGAAGGAGAGCUCUGGGGGAACAAGCUGGAGGACGGCUCGUGGACCGGCCUGUUCGGGUUCCUGGAGCGGGGCGACGCGGACAUCGGCGUCGGCAACACUUUCGUCUCGAACGUCAACGGCCGCCUGGACGUCGUUGAGUUCAGUUCGCCUUACGACGCGGAUGUCAGCUGCUUCUUGGGCACGCGACCCCCGCCGCUUCCGAGAUGGCAGAGGAUUCUGUAUCCCUUCCAGCUGUCGACGUGGGUGGCUUUCCUUGUAGGACUCCUCCUGAGCGGCCCCGUCCUCUGCUUCCUCGCUCGUGUCUGGGAUGUCAGAAACGAGGAACACAGCAGUUUCAAGUCCCUCCUCAACGCCUCCCUGUACACCCUCGGCCUCCACCUAAGGGAGCCGCAAGCCUACCUCCCCAGCAGGAGGAGCACGCAAGUCUUCGUCAGUUUCCUGUGGAUGUAUACUAUCAUCAUCAUCACGGGCUAUUGCUCUAAUCUCACGGCCUUCCUGACGGUGGCGAGGCAACCGCCCUCCAUCGACACCGUCAAGCAGCUCUAUGCCUCGGGCCUCAACGUCGCGGGUCUCGGCUACUUCUUCGGGAAGGCGUUGCAACUGUCCUCGAACCAGUAUCUGAGGGGCCUGGCAGAGAGGUACGAAGUCCACACCCGCUACGAGGACAUCUGGACGGAAGUGCGACGAGGAACUGCUGUCAACCUGGAGUCCCGGAAGACACUGCAGUACCUGGUCACGACGCAGCUUACCUCCCGAGGCGUCACUCCCAUGAGGAUUAUUAAGGAAUGCUUUUCCCCCCACGAGAUCGGCGUGACGGUCCAGCGCGGCUCUCCCCUCAGGAGGAAGUUCGACACGUGGGUCUUGCGCAUGGUGGAAGCCGGACUGAUCGAGCACUGGUUCCUGGACUCGCUCAGGAUAGCCAAGAAGGACGCAAUGGAGAACCAGAAAAACGACAACACGAAAACAGGAGACGGGAAAGAAGACACGACUGAAGGUGAGGAAGUAGAGCAAGUGGCGGUCGCAGGAGUUCGAUCCCGUUCCAUUAACCUCGACCACAUGCAAGGAAUUUUCUUCGUGCUGUUCUUGGGCUACGUGGCUUCCGGUCUCAUCUUCGCCGGGGAAGUUGUCAUGGGCAGGAAACACGCGGGAGGCGAUCCCGGUUUCGACUGAUUCUCGAUUCUCGUUUUUGGAUUCGAGAAAGCCGUUCGCGGAUUCUCGACUUCCAUUUAUGAACUUGAGAAAAGGGUUCUUGGAUUCUCGACUUUCAUUUGCGGAUUCGAGAUAGCCUUUCGCGGAAUAUCCCUUCAGUCAGGGACUUGGCUUAAUAUUCACACUCAGAGAAAACUUGCAAUACGCUGGACUUAUGCACAUAAAGAGGAAUUAUUAGACUACCAUAUACAAAAGAAUAAAGUUAAUUGGAUCUCACUAAAGCACAAUGUUAAUUUGAUUAAAAGUGUAGUUUCUUGUACGCAAAUUGAUAACAACUAACAUACUUUAAGCAAACCCAGUCACCUUCAGUAUACACAUGCACAGAUAUCCCAUAAACGAAUGCACAGGAGAGAAUAGGAACAAAUAUUAUAAAAUCUAAAAAUGAAUGGACUAGGGUGACUACGCAAUCCUCUGACUAAUACAUAUAAAACAUAUACCACUAUAUCAACUAUAUACUUUCAUGUCCCAUUGAAAUGAUUUGUUUUAGUUGAAUCCCCGCAAUACGCGAAUAUCAUAUCAUUUCAUUGCACUGUAGAUGUAUUAGCUAAGUAUGAAAACUCCAUGGCAUGUGAAAGUAGUCAUAAUAAACG